GCUCAUUUUACUCUAAACCAAGGGAAGGAGAGCAUCCAAAACAAUCGGAUCUCCAUUAAAUAUGUCUGUCACACGACAACCAAAGAACAAACGAGGGGUGAAAUGUCAAAAUUCUAAAUAAUUAUUGGUAUUAUUUCGUCUUUCAUGACACAAAGACUAAUCUAUUUUUAUUUUAUUAAUUUUAAAAAGUGGUAUCCGAAGCAUUAAACAUACCCUAGCCAGACAACCGAUUAGCCCCAAAUCUUUAACAGCCUCAAACAUACAUAACCCUAACCCCCCUUAUAAUAUACUUUACCUUUGGAUUGUACAAAUAGUUUACAAGAGAAAGGAAAAAGGAAAAACACAAAAAGAAAAACACAAAAAGAAAACAGAAAGGAAGAUAGAAGAAGAUGUCAUUCACUGGAACUCUUGAUAAGUGCAAGGCAUGUGACAAGACUGUUUAUGUUGUUGAUCUCUUGUCUUUGGAAGGGGUGCCAUACCACAAGUCAUGCUUCAAAUGUAGCCAUUGCAAAGGCACUUUGCAGAUGAGCAAUUACUCUUCUAUGGAUGGAGUGCUCUUCUGCAAAACUCAUUUUGAGCAACUCUUCAAGGAAUCUGGAAAUUUUAGCAAGAAUUUUCAAAGUGCUGGCAAAACUGAAAAGCAGAAUGACCUGUCGAGGACACCUAGCAAACUGUCUUCCAUGUUCACUGGAACUUUGGACAAAUGCUCGGCCUGUACCAAAACUGUUUACCCACUUGAGAAGGUGACAAUGGAAGGAGAGUGUUACCACAAUACAUGCUUUAGGUGUGCUAUAGGAGGGUGUCACUUGACACACUCAAACUAUGCUGCCCUUGAUGGUGUCCUCUAUUGCAAGCACCAUUUUGCUCAGUUGUUCAUGGAGAAGGGUAAUUACAACCAUGUCCUUCAAGCUGCUUCCCACAAGAGGUCUGCCUCCACUCCUCCACCGGAAGCCGUUGAGGGCGAAGCUGAGGCCGCCACCGGCGAGGGAGAUGGAACAGCUCAUCAAGAAGAAGACAAAUGAGAAACAAACCAUUAGUUUUUUAUACUACACACAUAUAAUACACACAUAUUCUUAUACUACAAAAGAUUAAAACUCAUAUACACACAUGCAAGGUUCCUAUAUUCUAUACUAAGAUCUUAUGAAGAGUUCUUCAAGGUUCUACCCUUUAUAUUACCCCUGGAUUCACUCAUCAUCACCUUCUUCAACCUUCAGUUUCAUUAUGCUUAAACCUCAUUGUUUUCUUAUUCUUUUUUUCUUGUUAUGCAUUCCCCCCCC